GCGGCGCGCAGGGGCAGUCCCGGCGGGUGGCGGCGGGCCCGGGCUGCGACCCGAGCGAGCCCCAUGCCCCGUGCGGGCUGACGGGCCGGAGCCCGCACUGAGCGGCCGGGCCGGACAGGUCCCGAUAGAGCGACAUGAUGGUGGAAUCUGCAUCGGAGACAAUCAGGUCGGCCCCAUCUGGUCAGAACGGCGUGGGCAGCCUCUCUGGGCAGGCUGAUGGCGGCAGUGGGUCAGGGACCGCAGGCACGGCUCCGGCUGCCGGUAGGGACGGCUCCGGCAGAGACACCGCCAGCGGAGCGGACAGCAAUGGCGAGAUGAGCUCCACCGAGCUUCUGCAGUUCCAACAGCAACAGGCUCUCCAGGUGGCCCGGCAGUUCCUGUUGCAGCAAGCCUCCAGCCUGAACUCCCCGGGGAACAAUGACAGCAAACAGUCGGCCUCUGCAGUGCAGGUGCCCGUGUCUGUGGCCAUGAUGUCGCAGCAGAUGCUUACUCCUCAGCAGAUGCAGCAGAUCCUGUCACCCCCUCAGCUGCAGGCCUUGCUGCAGCAGCAACAAGCUCUCAUGCUCCAACAGCUGCAGGAAUAUUACAAGAAGCAGCAAGAGCAGCUCCACCUGCAGAUUCUCACCCAGCAGCAGGCUGGGAAACAGCAGCCCAAAGAGGCUCUGGGGAACAAACAGCUGGCCUUCCAGCAGCAGCUCCUGCAGAUGCAACAGUUGCAGCAGCAGCAUUUGCUCAACCUGCAGAGGCAGGGGCUGGUCAGCCUGCAGCCCAGCCAAGCCUCGGGGCCCCUCCAGGCCCUCCCGCAAGCAGCCGUGUGCCCCACAGACCUGCCUCAGCUGUGGAAAGGCGAGGGUGCCCCAGGGCAGCCUGCUGAGGACAGCGUCAGGCAGGAGGGGCUGGACCUCGCCAGCCCAGCUGCCACUGCUACCUCGUUCGCCAGCCCCCCCAAGGUCUCCCCACCCCUCUCCCACCACCCCUUACCCAAUGGACAGCCCACUGUGCUCACAUCUCGGAGAGACAGCUCCUCCCAUGAGGAGACCCCCAGUUCCCACCCCCUUUAUGGACAUGGAGAAUGCAAAUGGCCAGGCUGUGAGACCCUGUGUGAAGACCUGGGCCAGUUUAUCAAACACCUCAACACAGAACACGCCUUGGAUGACCGGAGCACAGCCCAAUGCCGCGUGCAGAUGCAGGUGGUCCAACAGCUGGAGAUCCAGCUCGCUAAGGAGAGUGAGCGGCUGCAGGCCAUGAUGGCCCAUCUGCACAUGCGGCCUUCAGAGCCCAAGCCCUUCAGCCAGCCAGUGACCGUCUCUGCAGACCCAUUCCCAGAUGGCCUCGUGCAUCCCCCAACUUCAGCCGCUGCCCCUGUCACACCCUUGCGACCCCCUGGUCUGGGCUCUGCCACUUUGCAUAGUGGGGGCCCUGCCCGCAGGAGAAGCAGCGACAAAUUCUGCUCCCCCAUCUCCUCAGAGCUUGCCCAGAAUCAUGAGUUCUACAAAAAUGCUGACGUCAGGCCCCCCUUCACCUACGCCUCCCUUAUCCGCCAGGCCAUUCUGGAAACUCCAGAUAGGCAGCUGACUCUGAAUGAGAUCUAUAACUGGUUCACCAGGAUGUUCGCCUAUUUCCGAAGAAACACUGCCACCUGGAAGAACGCUGUGCGCCACAACCUCAGCCUGCACAAGUGCUUCGUCCGAGUGGAGAAUGUCAAGGGGGCUGUGUGGACCGUGGACGAGCGGGAGUAUCAGAAGCGGAGACCACCAAAGAUGACAGGGAGUCCCACCCUGGUGAAGAACAUGAUCUCGGGCCUCAGUUAUGGUGCCCUCAACGCCAGCUACCAGGCUGCCCUGGCAGAGAGCAGCUUCCCCCUCCUCAGCAGUCCUGGCAUGCUGAACCCUGGCUCAGCCAGCAGCCUACUGCCCCUCAGCCAGGAUGACAUGGGUGCCCCCGGGGAGCCACUGCCCAGCAAUGGGAGCAGCAGCCCUCCUCGUCUCUCCCCUCCUCAGUACAGUCACCAGGUCCAAGUGAAAGAGGAGCCUGCCGAGGCAGAGGAGGACAGACGGCCGGGGCCUGCCCUGGGAGCCCCCACCCCCAGCACUGUGGGGCCCCCGGAAGACAGGGAACUGGAGGAGGACCUGCCAGGAGAAGACAUGUCCUAAGGGCUGGGUGGGCAGGCAGGGCGGGACAGGACCCUGCUGCCCAGUCCAGACCGCAGCCCACCCACCCCACUCUACAGCCCCUCCAACCUCAAGGCACUUCGGGGACUCAGACGGGGGGAGACCUGGGCCAGCAGCUCCCCAAGCUACCUGACCGACAGACGCCUGGGGGCAGACACAUGCCUGCCUCCUGAGAGGACACAGAACCCUUGGCCCAGGACCCGUAGAGGACGUGGAGGGUCAGACCCUCCCCUGUAUCCCAACCACCACCAGCAGCAGCAGGGCCCUCCUCCCCAGCAGCGCUCCCCUCCAGGGCCCCUUAGCACAGGGGAGACCCGCGGGCGGGGCCGAGCCACCCUCACACCCCUGAGCUUCGUCUCCUGCCCUGGCUGUGGCAGAGGCUUCUGGCCGGCGGUCCCUUCCUGGUUCGUCUUCCCCUGGCCUUUCCCGACUGUGAAGAUUAUAAGGUUCCCCAUCCCCAGCUCCCCACUCGGUGUGGGAGCCCAGACCCUCAAGCUGCUGGGGUGUGGCAAGCGCCCAGACGAAGCAGGCCUUCACCCCACCCUGUUUGCUGGGCACCCCGACCUGGAGAGAGCUCUGAGGGACCCUGUGCCGGCCACCUUCAGAGCUGUAUUGCAAUAGGUGGCCUCUGUGGCCUGACCAUCACAAUGGGAGGAAGCCAGGCAGGAACCAUCCUCAGCCGCGGCCUGCGAAUCCCUGCAGUGGGGCCCUCUCACCCCUCAGCACCUGUCCCCCAGUUAAACGGAUGACCAAAGACCUUUCUUAUGCCGGAAGCAAAAACCAAAUCUUUUUGUUGGCUUUUUCCUUUGUCGCCUCCCGAGCACCCUGACCGCCCCCCACCUUGCACCCUGGCUCCAGGCUGGAAGCCGUCCCUCCACUUAAGUUAUUGUUAAAACCAAAGUUUACAGUGUCUGUUGGUGGCAAGACCCUCUCUUCCCCCCUCCCCAGGGUCCAGGGGCAGUCCUGCCCACUUACCCUCUGUUCUUGCCCUGCCUAAGGAGAAGGGAGAGGGCAGAAUCGUGCCCCCAACCCUGGGCUGUUUUCUGGGGGCUCUUCAGACCCCCGCAUAGGACCAAGUCAUGCUGGCAGUGUGGAUUCUAGCAGAAGAGCUGGAAAGUUGAGACUCUGCGGACCCCCUAUGGGGGACCCACAACCCAAGGCCACAGACUGGGUGUCAGGGAUGCCCUGGAGCACCCUGCCAUGGCCCCUUCCCUGAGAAAGACUCCUUGGACAUUUCCCAGGAGAACCCCGUGUUCACCAACCCUUAUCCUGCCCUACACAAGCCACCCUCCUGCGAGGCAAGGGGCCCUGGCCUUCCCCUGCAUCCCCACCUGUGUUCCGUUUGACCAGCACAGAAUAUUAAAGUCCUCUAUUUACCGGG